AUGGAUUGUGGUGGGACGUCAACGGAAUAUGUGAGCAAGUUCAUUGUGCCUGAAGAAACAACAAUAUCGCAACGAGUUGCGUCAGAUUCUGGAAAAUUUUUGAAAAUGUCUGUCGAUCCUGAUUUCGAUGAUGCGUUCAGUCAAGAAGAUGAGACACAUGCUUCAAUACCAUUAACUAGGGAGCAUAUUCAGAGUACAAGACGUACGAAAGAAGCGAGACAAGGUGGAGGUGUUAAAAUGUCCAUCGGGAAUUGUGACGAAGAGGUGGAAGAAGAAGACGAUGAUGAAACUGACGAAAUGCGAUCAAAACGAAUUGCACAACAAAUGAAACGGUUUCGUGAACAGGAUAAGGAAGAAGAUUUUGACAUUCCCGAAUUGAAUCUAAACGAUGAUGAUGAUGCGAUGAAAGCAUACUUUCGGCAAAGAGUUGAGAAUUUAUUUUCUAAUGAUAACGCUCUUGGGCUAGAUGAUGAACCUGUUGAAUUCAAAAAACCCAAAAUUCUUGAAGGAUAUUUAUGGGGUGCAGUUAUUGGUGGAGGAUCGUAUGGAAAAGUAAAGGAAGUAAUAGAUACUUACUCAUUAACACGGAGAGCUGUAAAAAUAAUGAAGCAUGACAAGAUUAGAAAAAUUCCGAACGGUGCUAUGAAUAUUCGAAAUGAAAUUCGCAUUCUAAACACUCUGAAACAUAAAAAUAUUGUAAAAUUAGUUGAGGUGUUUGAAGUUGUAGCUAAAAAAAGAAUUUAUAUGAUUUUUGAAUAUUGUAUUGGCUCAGUACAGCAAUUGCUUGAACUCGAACCUGCACGGCGCAUUACAGUUGGAGAAGCUCAUUUGAUCUUCUGUGAAACCGUCCGAGGUCUUGAUUAUCUUCAUGCUCUCAGGAUUUCUCACAAAGAUAUCAAACCGGGAAAUUUGCUGAUUGCAAUUGAUUUUACGGUUAAAAUAUGUGAUUUCGGUGUGGCUGAACAGCUUUCCUUGUUUCAAAAUAAUGGUAAUUGCACAAAAGUUAAUGGAACACCGAAGUUUCAACCUCCGGAAUGUGUUGCCGGAUCUCAUGAAUAUUUCGAUGGAUAUAAAGCCGAUAUGUGGGGACUUGGAGUCACGCUUUAUAAUAUGGUAUCCGGAAAAUAUCCAUUCGAUAAAACGGUUCUCAUUCAAUUAUACGAUUCGAUUGCGAAGGACCCGGUUGAAAUGCCGAAGAAUGUUGAAUUAUCUCCACAUCUUCAAGAUUUGAUAUUGAAACUGCUCGAAAAAGACUUCAAAAUUAGAUAUGGAACUUAUGAGACCAUGCUACAUCCGUGGUACAUAACGAUGUUCCCAGAGGAUCAGGGCUUAGGAAGAAUAAUGGAACGAUUGCGUACGGGCGAUCGACCUUUAACUAUGCAGCCAAGUAUGAAGAUUUUGUAUGAUGAACAACCACAAGAUCAGGAUUCGAUUAUUCCUAUUCUAACUGAAGGAGGACAAAUCGAUCGAAGUACUUUCGAUGGAUUUCUUUAUCUCGAAGCUGAUGAAAAUGAACCAAUGGACGAAACUGUUCGGCCAUCGUCGAGAUCAAAUCCAACGUCGGCGCCUCGUCAUGGCGACGGAGCCGUUUCUCGCAACUCGCGUCGUCGCACGCCCAAUAUAUUCAAAUGUUUAAUGAGAAAUCGCACCCAUAGCUCUUAG